CUAACCUGUCCCUGCCUCCAUCCACCUGUUGCGCCGCGCGCUCUCGUCGGCCGCACGAUGGCGCGCUUUCCAAUGGUGGCCGACGAGGAUGGAUAUAAGGCAUGCUCUGUGGGGGAACUUGGAGCUGUGCGGGGAUCAUUUGUGUUGCUAUGUGCCGCUUUGGACCGAGGUUUGGAGGCACUGAACGAAGCUCCUCAUCCAGUGUCUGUGCGUCCUCGUCCUGCACGGAGCAGCUGUAGCUCCUCCACUGUAGAAAGACUGCCUUCUCCAGAAUAUGCCUUGUCUCCAUGGUAACAGACCUCAGGCAGACCCAGAAAAACAUUGGGCCAGACUCGUCCACUCUUGUCCAACCUACCUGAUCCUGGACUGCACUGAAGAGGGAUAUAUUCAUUCUCAAUUAGGGUAUCUUAAACUGGGAAACACCAGUCCCAAACUGGUCUGAGAGGAGCCCUAAACCAGGACCAGGAUGCACCAGCUGUUCAGUCAGGUGCUGGGGCAGAGGGAUCUAUCCAGAGCGGGGGAUCUGUUUUCUCUGGAGGACGCAGAGAUUGAAGACUGUCUGUCUCAGGCUCUGGACCAGAUCAAGGCCAUCUCCUGCUCACCGGACUAUUUGACCAAUGACAAUGACCAGGCUGUGGUGGAGAUUUGCAUAACGCGCAUCACCACGGCCAUAAGGGAAACGGGCUCCAUCGAGCAGCACAGCACGGCGCUGGUGGGGCUGUGGGAGUCGUGUCUGGAACAUAAUCUCACCCCGCAAGGUGAAAACACAGAGGACACACCGCACGCCAAGAUAGCCUCCGACAUCACCAGCUGUAUCCUGCAGAACUACAGCUGUCCGUCAGUCAUGGUGCUGGCCGUCCCGGUAGCGGUGCGGUUCCUGCAGAGAGGGAACAGGGAACUGAGCAGGAACAUGUCCAGUUAUCUCUCCCUGGCUGCUAUUGCCAAGUCCGAUCUGCUGGCUGAACACACAGAGGCCAUAACACUCAGUGUGCUGGGAGGUAACCACAUGCUGUUACGAGUGUUGCCAUCAGUCUACCCCAGACAACCAGAUACCAUCCACUGUCACCUAGGCGACCUCACGGCGAUGAUGUCACAGCUGGAGUCCCCAGAGCAACACCAUCUGAUCAGACUCAUUCAGAUGGUUGCUGAGCAACAUCCCUUUAUGUUGAGCCCUCAGGUUCCUGCACUAGUCAGUUACCUAGGAGACCAGUCCCUAACUGAGGCCCUACUGGGUGCGCUCGUGGACGUGUCGCAGGCCAGCCCUUCCUCAUUGGUCAGCUUUCUGCCAGCGCUGAGGAUUGUGGGACAACAAUGUCCUGCUCUCCUGGGUCACGUGGCCAAAAUCCAUGGUGCCGUGGGUAUCAUCAGCGAGACUCAUGCUCACAGCUCGUUGGUCUACCUGGUGUCCCUUCUGGGCAGCAUGGAGCACAGCUUUCACCACACACUGCUGCUGGAGAUCAGAGCUCUGACCGACCGUUACCCGUCUUUGCUGGGAGGCUGCGGGAAAGACAUCUACAGGAUGAGCAACUCGUUCACUGCUAUAGCCAGACUGCUGGGGAGGAGGCUGGAGGAGAGCGCGACCAUGCACUGCAGGAUGGACGAGGCGUGCCCGCCGUCUCCCUGUGUAUCUCUUCCAGGAGCAGGAGGAGGAGUUGGGUCAGAGCAGCGGCUGCAGGUCAAGAUCCAGGCCUUUGAGGAGAAAAUGGGGGAGGAGGGGGAAGAGGAGGAGGUGGAGGAAGAGUCUCCUGCCCUUCAGCGACGCUACAGCCUGAGCCAAGCCGUCAGGGAGGAGAGGCGAGAGAUGAGAUUCAACAGGUCAAAGAGCCUGGCCCUCCACGCUGUGCGCUCACGCUCCGUCAACUCAGAUGGUGGGGAAGACGCUGAGGGGUUGGAGCCAAGCCCAGACAACAUCUUCUCCAACACAUUAGUGAAUUUGCACUCCGAGAACCAGGAAGCACCGCCUACUGAGGGGAAGCUGGCGGGUGAUGGCUCCAUGUCUGCCCUGGACAGAGGGGUCGCAGAGGCUGAGAAAGGUCAAAGCAGGGAGAAGGAUGGAGAGAAGGAGGAGCAGGGGGAAGCCGACAGGCUCCUUAUACAUUUAAGAAACAAUAUGGAGACGAUCAGAGAGUUCUGUAAAGACAUGGUGCAGCAGAUCCCCACACCAGAGCAGUGUGUGAUAGAAGAUUCAAACAGAGGAUGUGUGGCCAAGCUGUCGUUCUCCUGUCCUCUUAAGGGCCAUUACUGUCUGUACGCCAAGUCCUGUUUCAACCUGACCAGCCGGCAGCCUCAUCUGUGGAUACACAUCAUGCUGCUACAUCUGCAGAGCAAGUCCAGCGUCCCACUGUGCUCCAGGGACGAGUGUGUCCAAAGACUUGCUUCUCUUUGGGAGAAGACACAGAUGAAAGGAGCUCACAGCUUCCCCAUGGCCAUGACACAGCACAUCACGCCACACAGGAAGGACUUGGAAAGUCUCCAGAUUCAGCUAGAAGAGGUGCGUUUCUUUGACCUGUUUGGCUAUAGUGAGGAAGAGGGAGGUUGGCUCUGCUUCAUGUGUAACAACCCUGAGAAGGCCACAGUGGUGAACCAGGAGGGACAGCCUCUGAUUGAGGGGAAGCUGAAGGAGAAGCAGGUCCGCUGGAAGUUCAUCAAACGCUGGAAAACCCGCUACUUCACCUUGGCAGGAAACCAGCUACUCUUCCGGAGAGGCAAAUCAAAAGACGAGCUGGAUGACAUCCCCAUUGAGCUGAGCAAGGUGCAAAGUGUCAAGGUGGUAGCCAAGAAGCGGCGUGAUCGCGGCCUGCCACGGGCCUUUGAGAUCUUCACAGACAGCAAGACGUACGUGCUGAAAGCUCAGGAUGAAAAACAUGCUGAGGAGUGGCUGCAGUGCAUCAACGUGGCCGUGGCUCAGGCCAGAGAGAGGGAGAACAGAGAGGCUACCACCUAUCUGUGAGAGCAACACAGUUAAAGCUGCAGUACGUCACAUUUAUAAAAUAUACAUCUGCUUUCACUAUAUCCUCACAGAAAUAAUCAGGUUCCUCUGGCUCCUCCUACUGAUCCUAAAAACGAUCGAAUCAGAGCCAAGAAACAUAGUUAAAGGUUGAGUCUCAUUCCAAAGUCGUACAUAUUGGUAUUUGAUGACCUGGGAAUGAGACUCAACAAUCAAUUAUAUUGAUUGGUUUCUUCCAAAUGCCAUUAGGAGCACUAGGAGGAGCCAGAGGAACCGGAUCUGUCUUGUCUUCUACUAUCAGGACAUAGUAAAAGUUACCUACUGCGGCUGUAACUAAUGAGGACACAUACUUUACUACUGACAAUACGUACAUGCCAAGCACACAUGCAAACUCAUACAUGCACAAAUAUACACUAAGUAAUAUUUUGUUCAGCUGUACACAAACACACAAAACACUCACUGCCAGUAGUUUAACUUUAUAUCUGAAAUCAAUGGAAUACAUCUCCACCCCGCUGAGGGCGGAGCACCUAUCAAAAACAAUCGAAAAACAACUUCUUAUGCAGUAUUUUUAGAAACAAAAAAGACUCACCGUAUGGUGUGUCCAACCAGUAUGAAGGGUGGUUAAAUUUUUUAAAUACUGACUGGCUGAACUUACUGUUACACUGCGGACUCUGAUGCACCUACCAACUGUGGACCAUCAUAAAUGAAUGUUACAGUACAUAAGUGUGUUAGAAGAUCUUCACCUGAGUGGACCAUACAGUGUGGAAACUCCCUCUGCUUGAGCUUCAACAACCAUACAAAACCAGCAUCUGUGGAAACCUGGGAUUUCUGAGUUUAAUGAUGCAUAAUGAUUGAGAUGUAUUUGAGUCCAGAGUAGUAUUUAGCAAUAAAGACUCACAGACAUCAUAAAGACUUGUAGCAAUAAUGAGACUGAACAGUUUCUCUUGAAAGCAGAAAGGCUGAAGAAGAGGAGCCUAAUGGACAGCAGAUGAGAAGGACAUUCAAUACUGGAAUAAUGUAUGUGUGUGUGUGUGUGUGUGUGUGUGUGUGUGUGUGUGUGUGUGUGUGUGUGAGAGAGAGAGAGAGAGAGAGAGAGUAUAAUGUAGUCGUCAAGGAAUAGUUCAACAUUUUGGGAAAUUGCCAAGAGUUAUAUGAGAAGAUUAAUACCACUCUCAUGUCUGUAUGGUACGUAUGAAGUUACAGACAGAAGACUGUUAGCUUAGCAUAAAGACUGGAAAUAGGGGGGGAUUGCUAGCCUGGCUCCGUCCAAAAAAAACAAAAUCAAACUCUACUAGCACCUCUCAUUUAUAGCCCUGGACGUAACUCCCCAUAAAACCAACUUGUCGACCUUCAGGCCGAGCCAGGCUCGAUGUUUCCCACCAAUUCAAGUCUUUAUGCUAAGCUAAGCUAACCCUGCAGCUGUCUGUAGUUUCAUAUUUACCAGACAGGAAUAUUAAUGUAGAUAUUGAAUCCAGUGUUUUUAAAUAAUUUUGUAUCAUGUAUUUUUCAUCAAUAACAAAACCUUUUUUCCUUGAAGGACAGUAGACAACAAGUUAUUUAAGAAUCAAUGUUUCAUCCAAAAUGUAAAAACAUUUUGAUCCUUUUUUCUGUUUCUACUCUUGUACUAAAGUGACUUAUGAAGCAAGACCCCCUAAGAGUUAAUGCAGUGGUCAGAUUGCAGAUGCAGUGGGCUAUUUUUUGCUUUCAAGCUAGAAACGUCUGCAACAAUUCUCUCCCACGUUUCACUCGUGUCGGCUCAACUGUUGCUUAACACUGGAGUUAGACCACAUAUUUCUAAGAAAACGCUGAAGGAAAUUAGUGGUUUGUUUGCAGAUUCAGAAACAGUGCCAGUUCAGUCAUACUGAUUUAAAACAACUCAGUAAAAGGUUUAGGCAGCGAGAGACUGUAGAUGUAUCCGUCAUCUUCAAACAGGCCCUGUCCAAAGAUUAGGGGUUAAAAGCUCGUGUGUUUUGUGGUCUGUUGUUUAAACUGUGAUACUAGAUGAAGGAGAAGUGAGCAUCUGAGCUCCAGUUUUCCACCUGAAAAACUCAAGGCCAGCACAUACGUGGAGCACUAUAACUCCCUUAUGUUGCACACUGAUGCAAAUCUCUUGAUCCAAACAUUCCCGGUGGGCCGUGGCAGAUUGAUGCCUGAUUCUGAUCCUGAUCUGGAUCCACAUCUGAGUUGUGUGUCUUCCCACAGGUGAAUGCAUAUCAAAUGCUUUUGGUUAAACGUAUAAAAUGCGAUGUUCGGAAUACUUUAAAAAAGAUUUUCUUUUGGUCUGUGUAUGCAGUCAUAACACUGCCCCACCCCACCGGGUCAGGUUACCACCGUGUGUGCUCUUUGCUGUCUGUGUGACCCCCUCCACACAGCAGGGCUGGCCUGCAUCUGCUUACACAUAUAUUUUAUAAACGUAUUAUUUACUUCAUGCCUCUCCUUCACAUUUUGAUUCCCUCCUUCCUCCUUUAAGAUUUAUGACCUACAUACACAGCUGGCUAUGCGCCCCAAUAUCAGGGGGAUUUCCUGCAAUAAAAGCUUUUCUAAAAGGAAACAUGUUGUAGUUUCGCUAGUGGCUCUACGGGAUUGUCGGUCUUAUUUUUCAUCUAGUGGCAUCAUGAGGUCAACAUUUUAAUAUGUCUAAUACUUAAGUUUAUGACCGAAAUACCUACAACAUUAAUGACAUUCCCAUGAGCCUCAGCUGUACUUGUACUUGUUUGUUUUUAGUGCUCAUUAGCUAAUGUUAGCACCAUAUGCCUCACAGAGCUGCUAGCGUGCCGCUAAGCUAAUCAUGGCUUCCCCCCCGUUUAACACGUAUCCACCAUCAUUUUUUCCUAAAGCAAACGGACCCGAGUACAAUUAUAUAUAGUAACAUUUUAAAUAUUUUUUUUAUUCUUGAUGUGUCAGCUUUAGCACCUAGCGACAGUUACUUACUGUCAAUAGAUUUACAUAUACAUUUAUAUAUAUAUAUAUAGAUUUAUAGACAAAGACUUUCAAUCACUUGAUUAUUGACACUUCGGUGGCAUUUGUCGUGUGACGAACCUCUCCUAUCUGUGCAGAUAAGCUGGCUGGAACAAACUAAAGUAUUUGUGUUUAACUGAACUAUACCCGCUCCAGCUUCAGUUCAGAAAGUCUUCUCCCCUCCGCUCUAAAUGUUCCAUGAGGCUGACUUUACCCUCAUAGUUGCACAGUGUUGAUUUCUCCAUGUUUGAAGUGAAUGUCUGAUCAUAUGAAUGUCAAAGUUGUCUAGAAGUAACAAUGUAACAUGCUGCCAUGUUGGCCUAGUUUCCAAUCCUGUGGGGCCAGAAAAAAAAAGAGGAAUUGUUUUAGGAAGGUACUUUCCUCCUAAUGAAAUACAUUUGUAGGCAGCUGAGUAAAUAGACUACAGGAUAGAUACUGUAGCAUCUAUCUAUCUAUCUAUCUAUCUAUCUAUCGUCUCACACUGGAGAAUAGUGAGCUGUUACUUUAAAGCACAAUGAGAUUACACUGAGAGUUUAGAGAGCAGAUACCAGGAUGGAAACACUGCUGUAAAUUUCAACAAUCACACACUGUAUGUAUAUGUGAAGAUGAUUGACACAAGUAUUAAAGUUUCUGAAUGUAUAAAAACAUUUUUUAAUAUAAAUAUCAGCCUUGUGUAAAGAAUCAUGAUUUUUUUUUUUUUUACAUUUUACUGUAGUGUUGUUAAAUUACAUUUGAUUUUAUGUUGAUUUUUGAUAUAAGGUCAAUAUUUAUUUUUUACAAGCACUAUUGUAACACUUCAAUCAUGUCUGCAAAGACUAGUGAAUGACAGAUUUUACCAUGUCAUCUCUGUCUUUCUUCCCCUGUUGUUUUUAUAUAACUGAAUUAAAACUGCAAACAAAUGAAUGCUGUAUUUUAUUGACAAUUAAAUUGGUGUUGUUAUGGAUUGUAUAUUUGCCUGUGGCACCGUUUGCAUGUCUGACACUGCCUUCUUGUCUUUUUCCUGACAGAAUUGUACAAUAAAUCUUUACCAGUGAAAUCA